UAUGAUUGGUAGCAGUGCUGUUGAAUUGUCAAAUCUGACUGACAUAACCCAACUUUUUUGUGUUUUUUUUUUAAUUAAUUUAAAAUGUUUAUUUACGAUAUGCCGUUUUUGGAACGCAAAACACUGUGUAAUAUUUUGGACCGGAAUAAUAGUUUUGAGGAAUUGGCCGCUGUUCACAUGCAAUUUGAUUCUGAAACUGUUCAAAGAGUUGGUCGCGAAUUUCUUCGAAGUAUGUCCCCCAGUGACAAACUCCUCGAUUUGUGGAGCCACCACAACCACACUGUCCUUGAACUGUUUAUUCUUUUAUAUCGAAUGAAACACUAUCAAGCUAUGACAAUUCUUAAACCCCUUAUUGACCCAAAAUAUCACCAUUUGAUCAAAAAUGAGCCAACUGAAAAAAUACUCAAUGCCCCAAUUCACAGUUGUGAAAAUAACGAAACAAAACCUCAAAAACCCUCAUGUGAAACGGUGGGGGCUAUACCUCAAAUCCCCUACGAUGAUUUAAGACAAUCAACGAAUGAUUGGAACCCCGGCGCGAUUUUGGGUCGUGGGGGCUUUGGGACGGUCUUUAAAGGCGUCUGGAAGUGCACCCAAGUGGCUAUUAAACGAAUUGAGAAAAAGGAUGACAAUCCUGAGCAAAUUUUUCAGUCCUACACUGAAUUACACUGUUUGAAUGCCUACAGACACGACAAUAUUUUACCCCUUUAUGGGUAUAGUAUAGACGGGCCUCAACACUGUCUCGUUUACCAAUACAUGUCAGGGGGUUCCCUGGAGCACCGUCUUCACAUCCGGGAACCUUCACGUGUCCUCUCAUGGCCGACUCGACUCGCAAUCGCGAUUGGUACCGCACGUGGGCUUCAAUUUCUUCACACAAUUCGUGAUAAACCUCUCAUUCACGGUGAUAUUAAAUCGGCUAAUAUUCUUCUCGAUUUGAAUGAAAUUCCCCGAAUUGGUGACUUUGGGUUGGCUCGUGAAGGCCCCCAAACUGACUAUAUUAAAGUCAGUAGGAUUCAUGGUACAAGACCUUACCUUCCUGAUGAAUUUAUGAAAUAUAAAAAAUUCUCGACGAAAGUUGAUACUUAUAGUUUUGGGGUUGUUUUAUUCGAGUUGGCGACAGCAGGGGCUGCCUAUUCGACUAAAAGAGAGAAUAAGUUUUUAAGGGAUCAUGUGGUUUAUUGGGACAAGGAUGUGUUACAAUUGAAAGAUCCAAGAGCUGAAGGAGGGGAGGAUUGUUUUAGGGGGCUGUUGGAGAUUGGGAAGGGGUGUGUGAGAACGGGGGCGAAAGACAGGCCAGAAAUGGUCACGGUUUUACUACAAUUAGAGGCUGUGAAACAAUAA